AGGUUCGAUAAAUAAUUACUCGUGCAGAAGUUACAAUGAAUUCUAUAAUUCUUUCUUCUUUCUUCUUUGUCGUAUAAUCAACAAAUGAUGAAAUAAAUAUGUUUAUUCUGCACCAUUCACAGACAAUUUGACACUUUGUAUGUUUCAUACCUAUCUAAUCUGAUGAAAUGACAACCUGGCCAGAGAUACUUAACUUAACCUACUGGGUGUACCUAAGCAGGCAGCAUUAGUUAAUCAUGACUACUCUGUGGUUCCUUCCAACUUCCAACCUUUAACCUUUCUCCACCAGAAACCCACGAACUCCAGUAUCGCAUUUGAAGCACCUCCUCUCCACUUCCAUCCAACUGAUAUACAUGCGUCGUUCUUUUACUCUUCUCUGCUCGUCCUUGAGCGACUGUAACGUCUUUCGCAAACCUACAAUAUUACUUUGAUACAUUUCAGAUCGGAUCAUCUCAUUGCAACAAUCAACAAUCCUGCAUCAUGUAUGCCGCAAUCGCGGGCUCGGCCUUCGAGCUUCUGAGUAUGUUUGCGACUCCAGCUAAUCCACUGUAUUGCGCAUCUGCUAAUGUUUAUCCCCCGACAGAGAGGCAAUCUGAGGAAGAGGAUCCUGAUGGUAUGCUACAGUUCAUUCGAUUCCAAAGGAGAUCCCCAACUAACAGCUGCCUUCAAUAGCACCCGAUUCAUCGCAGAAGGAAAUAUUCGCAUCAUGGGCCCUCUUCAUCUUAAUUAUGUUACUCAUCGUAGCUCUCUUCACCAGUUACUUGCUUCAGAUCAAGAAAGUUGAAGCUGUUCACGAAACCUCCAUUUCUAUCUUUGCUGGUAAGUUAUAUGUGAUCAAGCUAUAUGUAGGGUAGAUAUUAACCAGCUAGGUAUGACCAUUGGUUUGAUCCUUCGGUUCAGCGUUGGAAAUUCAAUACGAAAUCUUGUGAGCUUCGAUGAGCAGAUAUUCUUCAAUCUACUUCUGCCACCGAUUAUUCUAGCGUCCGGGUACGAAUUACAUCAGGCGAAUUUCUUCCGAAAUAUAGGGACGAUUCUUACCUUUGCGUUUGCCGGGACUUUCAUAUCAGCAAUUGUGCUAGGAUUGGUAUUAUGGUUGUAUACAAGAAUUCCCCUUGACGGGGUUAGUAUGACAUUCGUUGAUGCCAUAUCUGUUGGAGCAACACUUUCCGCCACCGAUCCGGUUACAAUCUUAGCGAUUUUCAACACCUACAAGGUCGAUCCAAAACUUUAUACAGUCAUCUUCGGAGAAUCGAUUCUCAAUGACGCCAUCGCAAUUGUAUUAUUCGAAACAGCACAAAGGUAUAAAGAGAGUGGAAACGCAGGAACUCUAGGCUUUCUAAGUUUAUUCGAAGGUAUCGGCAUUUUCUUGGCAGUGUUCUUCGGAAGCUUGAUUAUUGGAAUCAUUAUAGGAAUCGCUACAGCUUUGGGAUUGAAGUAUACAUAUGUCAGAAGAUUUCCAAAGAUUGAAAGCUGUUUGAUUGUAUUGAUCGCUUAUGCCAGCUAUUUCUUCUCCAAUGGCCUCCAUAUGUCUGGUUAGUAUUUCAACAGCUGCUUCUUCCAAAGUAAAAUACUGAUCUAAAGUAGGAAUCGUCACACUUUUAUUUUGUGGAAUCACUUUAAAACAUUAUGCAUAUUACAAUAUGUCUCGCCGAACACAACUAACUACCAAAUACUUAUUUCAAGUUCUUGCGCAAUUAUCGGAGAAUUUCAUCUUCAUUUACCUUGGAUUAUCUUUGUUCACAGAGGAUAAUCUACAAUUCAAACCGCUUUUUAUUAUAGUUACCGUCAUUGGAAUCUGCGUCGCUCGAUAUGCAGCUGUUUUUCCUCUGUCGAGACUCAUUAAUUGGUUCCUUAGAUAUCGCGCAAAGAAGAGAGGACAAGAGGUCGCAGAUGAAUUACCCUAUAAUUAUCAAGUAAUGUUAUUCUGGGCCGGGUUGCGUGGAGCAGUUGGGGUCGCAUUGGCAGCUGGAAUGACCGGCGAGAAUUCAUGGGCUUUGAAAGCAACCGUCCUUGUGGUUGUAGUGCUUACUGUGAUUAUUUUCGGUGGUACCACAGCACGUAUGUUGGAAAUCCUUGGAAUUCGUACUGGGGUAGUCGAGGAAAUUGAUAGUGAUGACGAGUUUGAUAUUGAAGCUAUCUCGGGAGGAAACUAUUACAAACAUUCUGGAUCCGGAAUUGGCAAUGAUCCAAGGCGAAGUAAUGGUUCAAUGCAACUCGAUGGCCUUGCUAGAUCGGGAAAUCGUAGAGGAGCGGAACGUGGAAGUUAUGCAAGUGGUAACGCUAGCCCAGAUGUUAGGUCAGCAAGCAUGAGUCGAAAGGGUUCCAGUGGAAGAAAAGAAAACGAAAGUGAACAGGAUCUUCUUGGUAGAACUGGUAGUACAAGUGAUGAAGAAUUUGAUAGCGAUUCAUCUGAUCUUCCACCACUAGCCAAUCGACCACCGAAAAGAAGACCACCACCUCAAGAUAGUAGUGACAUGGGAACACCUUACCCAACUUCAGGCAGUACGAAUCGUCCUGAAGCACCACAUAUUACAGCUUCAGGUGCAAUCAGUCAAUUGUUACAUGGAACAGCUGAGGAUCAUGCAGCAUGGUUCAAACAAUUAGAUGAAGGAUUCAUCAAACCAAAGUUACUUCUUGAUGGAGGUAAAGGUCCACAUGGUGGACCAAGCGGGAGUUAAAACCAAUGUCAUCAGGAUGAACAGACGAUAUAUUCAAAAGGCAGGAUAGGGCAUGAGAAUGGCGUUUAUUGGUGUAUAAGAGGAGUUGGAUUUCUGGCACCUACCACUUUAGUAUGCGUGUAUGAGAUAUAAAUAGACUUUUCAUGAGAUUACUCUUAGGAAAUAAUAUUAAGGAGAAUAGGAAAUAGUGUUGACACUCGAGUCCUUUUAUUCAUCUGUUCUUUCCGUGUAAUCAUGUGCUAGAUUUGAUAUAUCAUGGUCAGAAGGAUC